CGAGAUUGGUUUAGUUGGACGUGUAACGUUUCCCUCGUUAAUUUGCGACGCUGUUUGACAUUCGGAAAACUUCAGAAUAAUCAGUGUAUUGACAGUGUUUUUAGCGAUAUAGUCAAUAUUCUCAUUAUCAGAGAGGUCUGCAACACAAUAAAAGUUAAUUUUAAUGGCAAUACGGACGAUAGUAUAAGCGCGUACAUCUUUAUUUUUAUAUAAGAGAAGGCGAACGGGCAAGUGGCGGGAUGGGAGUGGUGAGGCAAACGCCGAAAGACAUCGCAACAAUAGGUGUCAAGCAAUGCGGUGCCAGAAUUUAAGGAAACAUUGUAUAACAUCAAAAGUAAAACUAUCAACAUAAUUACGAAAUGGUAAUGGAUGGACAUAUAAAUGCUGCAUUUAAUUUACCAAUCACAGUUGCUUUUUGUCUGACGUUAGUAGUAGUAUGUGGAGGUUACUCUCGUCAUGGUUCACGAAGACUACCUGAUGACUUGUUACUUGGAGCUGCUACGGCAUCAUAUCAGAUUGAGGGCGCAUGGGACGCUGAUGGGAAAUCCGAAAAUAUUUUUGAUUAUGCGAUACAUAAUCAGCCCUGCUAUGCGAUUGAUUGCAGUAAUGGAGAUGUAGCGGCUAAUUCUUACUACUUAUACAAAAGAGACGUUGAAAUGCUGAGGGAGCUUGGUGUAAACUUCUACAGAUUUUCACUCUCCUGGACUAGGCUGUUUCCCACAAGCUUUACUGAUAAAAUAAAUAAAGCCGGUGUAGAGUAUUACAAUAAUUUGAUUGACGAGCUCCUGAAGAAUAACAUACAACCUGUGGUAACUUUAUUUCAUUGGGACAUGCCACAAAAGCUGCAGCAACUAGGAGGCUGGUUGAAUAACAACAUUGUUGACUGGUUUGGAGACUAUGCUGAAGCUGUGUUUGUGCUUUUCGGUGAUAGAGUAAAGUAUUGGAUAACGGUGAACGAGCCGUUCCAGAUUUGUGAAUUCGGUUAUGGCAAUGCAAUUUUAAUACCAGCACUAAACCUGACGGGAGAAGCAGAUUACAUAUGUACAAAGAAUUUGCUUUUGGCGCAUGCCCGAGCUUAUCAUGUAUAUGACGAGCUAUUUAGACCUAAGCAAGAUGGAAUAAUUUUUAUAACAAUAAGCACUGAGUGGUUUGAACCAGCCGAUAAUUCGAAUAUCGAGGCAGCCAAUGAUGCCAACCAGUUCUGGUGGGGAAUAUAUGCCCAUCCUAUAUUUUCAAAACAUGGUGAUUACCCACGUAUUAUAAAAGAAAGGGUAGCAUUGAAGAGCAGGGUACAAGGACUUCCAAGAUCUAGACUGCCCGAGUUGUCGCCAGAUGAGAUAAAAUACAUUCACGGGUCGUCAGAUCUUUUUGGACUAAAUCACUACUCUUCAGCUAUAGCUUAUAGAAACGCGUCCACAUAUUACUAUUACAGCAGUUUUACAGGACCUUCUCACGACGCAGAUGCUGGAUAUAUGAGUUAUAAACCACCCGAAUGGAAAAUAGGAGAAUCUGAUAGAACUAUGUAUGCCCCAUGGGGUUUCAGUAAAAUUCUUGCAUACAUCAGAAAUGUGUAUAAUAAUGUACCAGUUUUUAUUACUGAAAAUGGAUUUGCGUCGCAUGGUGGGUUGGUUGAUGAUGACAGAGUAACUUAUUACCGUGGCUAUAUAUCAGCGAUGUUGGACGCUAUCGAUGAGGGCUCUUAUAUUAUUGGAUAUACGGCUUGGAGUCUUAUGGAUAACUUUGAAUGGUGGAACGGAUACCGGGAAAACUACGGUCUAUAUGAAGUAGAUUUCAACGAUACAUCCCGUCCCCGUACUCCUCGCAAGUCAGCGUAUGUCUACAAGGAGAUCAUCCGCACCCGCACUCUCGAUAUGAACUACGAACCUGACAUGUCAAUACCCUUAACUUUUGACCUCCUAUAACUGAUUUUUUAUAAUAUUACUCAUUUGUCUCACUUAAAAUUUAAAACGGCUUGACUUCUUGGAA